AUGACAUUUGUGGUGCAAGUUAGCAAUGUUAUUAUGCCUUCAAGAUUAAGCACUUCACCCUUGUCAUCAUUACCAUCACUUUCACCUUCGCCUUCACCUUCUCCAUCCCCUUCUCCUUCAUCUACACCUUCCCCAUCCUCUCCUCCUCCGUCAUCAUCCGGACCUUAUGACAUCACCAAAGUUCUAAACGAAAACUCAGAGUUCAACCUCUUCAGCACUUACCUGACUCAAACCCAAGUCGCUAACCAGAUCAGUGAACGCAAAACCAUGACCAUCUUUGUGGUCAACAACGGUGCCAUGGCCUCUUUAGUCGAAAAGCCCAUGGAGAUUAAGAAAAAGGUGCUGAGCCUCCAUGUUGUCAUGGACUACUACACCGUCCAGAGGUUCCACAACUUGCCUAGUGCGUAG